AUGAUUGCACUAUCUAGCAAAAUCAUUACUCUUCAUGUAUCUGCAAUGUUUGGCCGUCGAAAGCGAAGACACGUAAAACAUAGCAUAUUAGCUUCAACAAAUCCGUCAAAACGCCAUCGGGAUAAACUUAACUGCGAAUUAGAUAAUCUAACCAAGUUAUUACCUUGUAAUAAUGGCAAAAUUGCAAAACUGGACAAAUUGUCAAUUCUUCGGCUAUCAGUUAGUUAUCUCAGAGCGAAGACUUUGCUAAAACGUGUGAAUCAAAUUGCAGAUAUUAGCGCGGAUUCAGGAGGUGAAGGCAGUACGAGCAGUAGUUCAGAAAGUAGCUCAUGCAGCUCAUAUCAAAAUAGUACGAAUAGCUCGAGUAAAUCCUCUAGUGGUUUACCGGAAGGAGAAUUAUUGAUGGAGGUUGAUAUUAUGCAUCACAGUAUCUAUGACUAUUUGCACCAUAAAGACAGUCCAAUGUUUCAAAAUCAACUUUUAGCAGCAUGUCAACAUGCUCAAAUUCACCAUAAUAAUCAUCGCGCAAUUCAUAUUCAUGGAAAAAUAAAAAAGCUAUAUACCGAAAAUAAAUGGACGCUAUUUGCUACAUGCACUGCCAUAAUGCCUGAUUCCUUAUCGAUUGGGCUUUAUCCGAAAAACGUUAUCUUUCAAUCCAAACAUACAAUUGACUUUACUUUUCUUGAAGUAGAUGAUAUGUUAAUGAAAGUCUUAGGAUUCACUAGAAAGGAGCUGAUAGGCACUUCUGCCUAUAAAUUGAUUCAUCAAGGAGAUGUCAAUUACAUUGCUCAGAAACACGUUAAUGGUGAAGCUCGAAGUGGUACAUUUCGCUUGUUAACAAAAUCACAACAUUGGAUAUGGGUCCAUGGUACUGCAAGAUGUGUAUUCAAGAAAUCAACUUUAGAUAGUUUGAUGGUGACAUAUCGUGUUGUCAGUGAUCUAGAGGGGGAAGAGAGCCUGAAAAAAAGACCUGAAUCGUCAGAAUAUCAAAUAAAUGGUUGUGCAAUGCUUUGUUGUGAAAAGAGCAUGAGCAAUUUGUUGAAUAAACGUUACAGUAUUCCUAGCCGACAAUCAUCUAGCAAUCGCCUAGCGGGAGAGCAUGACGGAUCUCAACAAGCGAAUAUCAAGUUUAGCUAG